UCGCGAGUCCGUGGAUGUGAACCUUUGUUUUGUACAGAAGAAUGGCUGCCAUGUCUAGUUUUCGAUUGAUGUUUUCCGUGGUGAUCGCGAAUUCCCGUGUUUACCGCGGUAUUUAAUAACGAGUGAUCGGCCCGCGUGCUGAAUCGGCAUCGGCCGCGAUGUAAGCAGCGCACGCACGUACGUCGUUUUCGCUGCCUUAGUGUCCGUUUCGUCGAAAAAUGCCUGUGUUUACAUCCGAGUUACCAUCGAGCUUCUGUAUUCCUGUCACAUUAAGUCUAUGGUCAACGAUCCUCAAAUAGCCGUAAUCGAAGGCACUUGGUGAGGCCUCCGGACGAGGACCAACCCCUCUCCUCGGACCGGUCGCACUUCACUCGCUCGAGUGUCCACUUGGAAAACACGUGCUCGCAAGGCCACCAAAACGUCGACCCCGUCGGUAAUCAAGCUAUCGGGGGGUGGAACAGGUGGCGGUGGGGAGCAACUGUCCCCAGGGCCUGGCCCACCUCCCCCGGUAGCCGCGGCCGGUGAACAGCAGCAGAAGCAACGCGAGGAGCACGCGAACGGCGAUGGAGAAGUGGUGUUGCAGGUUACAGCCGGCCAAGCGAGCAAGCCCGUACUGGAUGCGGAAGAGAAGAAGGUGUACGCGCCGAGCACCGAAGCCACCAUGAGUUUCGUACUGCAGCUGGACAAUGUCGAACAACCGGCCGCCGGGGCGGUGAUGGCGAAGAAGGAGAUCAGCGAGAUGCUGCAAUCGGCACCGCCACCCAUAAGGUUCGGCUCGCCCUUGAUCACCUGUCCGUUCGGUAGGUCCAUGGUGGGGCAGACCAUCGCGGAGAAGAGUUACCGCAAGUACGACCUCGGCGGCAUCGAUGACAUCGUCUUCACCAGCCACGGCGGCAAGUCUCAGCAGCUGUUGCAAAAGAUAGAGGCCGGCAACAACCAGCAGGAAUCGACGGUGCCGACGGUAGCGGGGGCCUUCCCCACGCAGGUCAAGACCGUGCUGACCUAUCCGGUCGCCAAGGGCGCCCGAGAGAUGCAGAGUCGGACGAACACCACGCAGGUGCUGACGACGCGUGUUAUCUCGCAGAAGCUACCGUCGUCCACCAGCGGCCAUCACCAGACCGUCCCGGCGGCUGAUGUCACCUCUCAGGCGACCGCUCAGACGUUAGCCAAUUCGUUACCGUCUCCCAGCGCCGGCCUUGUCUAUCCUUUGCACUCGGCCGUGUGCGGCACGCAGGCCGCUCAGCCGUUGCGAGGGCAGACCGCGGCCGGCGAGCUGGACCAUGGCAAGCAGCAACAGCAGCUCACGGGAGCGAGCAACGUGCAGACAACCCUGCACCACAAGUUGCACCAGGUGAAGACCAUCACCACCGGCGCGGCGCCUGUGUCCCACAUCCAGAGGGUACAUCUGAAAACGUCGAGUGUCGUCGGUCAGCAGCCGCAGACCGUGAACUUGCACAAGGUGAAGACUGUCGUAGCCAACCAGUCCGGUGCCGUGCAACGAAACCCUCUGUCCAGGUUACAGCAGAAGCCGCAAAUGUUGAGCCAGAUGGUGAAUCAGUUCGCUGCUAACAACCAGACGAACGCGAACACGCAGACGAAAAUUCAGCAGAGCCCAGCGGCGGAAGGUAAGGUCCUUCGUACCAACGCUAGCUUGCAGCAACAGAAGGCCCAGGCUAUUAACGCGACGAGCUCGCAGAAGGUAGUGCCGGCCUCCCAGUCGGUCUGCAACAACCAGAAGGUGACGUCGCAGGUGUUGGCCGGCGCUCACCAUCAUCCUAAUCAUAAGAUCCAGCAGCAGCAAUACUCGGCUAAUCAGCAGACGGUAUCGCAGCAGCAGGGCCUGCAGAAGUUGCAGGGAUCCCAGAAAACUACCGUGGUGGCCAGGCAACAGCAGUCGUCGUCGACCACGCCGCUGAACAACGUUUCGAAAUCGUGCGGCGGCACCGUGGUCGGUAUCCACAAGGUUCAGACUCUCGGACAAAGUCUGCAGCAACAGACGCCCCAUCAGAAGUCGUCGUCGCAGUCCGCGGCGACGUUGCAAAAAUCCCAGACUCUGGCGACGGUGUCAGCCAACGCUGUCAACCGGAUGCAGAGCGGAACGAACGUCUGCAAGAGCAACAGCGUGCCGAAUAUCCCGAAGGUGCCGCAGAACUCGAACGUGAUUACCGUUAGCAAGCAGCAGCAAAUUGCGUCGCAACAGCAGCCGGUACAGCUGCAGCAACAGUUGUUACAAACGUCGCAACAACCGGUUGUGGUGCAAAAGCCGCAGCAGCAGUCUGCCGCGAAUAAUCUACAGGCUCAGAAGAGUCACAGUAUUACUAACGUGCAUCAGAAGGUGAUCACGACCAUGCCGAACAAUCAGAGGAGCCAGACUGCGAUGAGUUUGAAGCUACAGCAGCAACAAUCGCAGCAGACGCUGAUGAGAAUAGGAAUAUCUGCGAAGGGCCAGACGUUGCAGAGUUCCCAGUCGGCGGGAACUCUGAAGACCACCUCGCAGAAAGUGGUGAAUCCCAUGAAAGCCGCGAACUCCCAGAACACUGUUCAGCAGCAACCUGCGCAAAAGAACAGCAGCAACAUCCCAUCCAUGAAGAGUACGCAGCAACAGCAGCAACAGAAUAUAAUCGGUUCGCAGAACGCGCAAAAACAACCCGGGUGCAUCAAAACGAUUCCGCCGCAGAAGCCCGUGCAAAGGAAUCAUGCCCAGAAGGUUGGCGGCGGUGGCGGUAUUAAAACUUCCUUGAACACGAACGUGUGUGCUUUAAAGGGCCCAGCAACGUCAACGAUCGCUCAAAAGGCGAGUAUUAAAACGUUGCUGCCUCAGCAAACUGUAGCGUCGAACAUCAUGGCGCAUAAAAGUUCACCUAUCAAAGUACAACAACAGGUGAUACAACAAAAGCAGCUGGUUACUACCUUGCAGUACCCAAUCUCUCACCAAGUUAGGCAACAAGCCGGGCAACUUAAGACCUUGCUACCCGUAAUGACCUCUGAGACUCGCAAAGGUCCACAGGACAUGGACGAGAUCGAGUUCCGAGCGUCUAAAGAAGAGGAGCAAAGCAUCCCUAAGUCACCGGUGAGAAGGAUGCCACCUCCAUACGAGUGUCUCCAGUUUGUGCUCCAAGACCAUAACUACGGAGCACCACCGCCGCGUACGCCGCCACCACCGUCGCCACCGCCUCAUCCGAAGCAACAGCCCAUUAACGGUGCCGGAAGUUCCGCAGCUACCUCUCAACAUCCGUAUAUAUUCUGCCCAGUUGUAAGCAGUGUUAACGUAGAAGAUGAUGUGGCCAGCAUUAUCAGUAGCGAGGCUGGCCGGGAAGCAGAACUGGAAGGCGAGGAAACGGAAACUGCGAACGAGGGUGAGGGUGACGACGAGGAUAGUGUCACCAGAUGUAUUUGCGAUUUUGAACACGACGACGGAUACAUGAUUUGCUGUGACCGAUGCUUAGUUUGGCAACAUGUAGAUUGUAUGGGCAUAGACCGUUCGAACAUUCCCGAUGAGUAUCUCUGCGAGAUGUGUCGGCCACGGCGAGUGGACAGGCAGCGGGCGCGCGCCUUGCAGAUGCGUAAGCGCGAGGAGCUGCUCAACUCGGACAUGUCCUCCGACACAUCGUCCACGAGCUCGGCGGACACGGACGUGGGCGUGAACGCGACGACGCAGAAGAAACGCUCGCUUCCGCAGCAACAGUCCGUUCCGCGUCAGCGCUCCAAGUCCGACGCGCCUCCUGCACAGGUACGGAGACUGAACAACAACAACAACAAUAACAACAACAACAACAACAACAACAAUGUCGCGAAACGGCAGAGAAGAGACUCGCAUCCGCGGCAGUCGAGCGCGGUGCGCAAGAAGGAGGCCGCGGCUAAGCGCGGCCCCGGCAAGCGCAAAGCCAAGAGGAGGAUGAGCCUCGAGGACAAGGAGGAGGACGCGCAGGACGGAUGGGGUACCUCGAAUAUGGCGCCUCUGCGACAGUGGAUAGAGAGAUACGAGGAGGCGGUCACGAAUCACUACAGUCCCGAGUUACGGGCCAGGAUAUCGAGCAUCAAGGUGAACGGCACGCACAGCGACCUCAGGCAGAGUAACAUGAACGUCGUCGCCACUGGCAAAUGCAGGCUCAACGUGCACAGUAAUAACGUCAGAUUUCUAGUGGCGACCAUGUACCUUCCGCCGAACACUCCGGUCGUCGAGUUGCGCGGCAAGUAUAUGCUCAGUACGCAGCACAGACCGCAGCAUCCGCAGGGCCGGCAGCACGCCCAACGGCCCGGGCCGUUCGUGUUCUUCUAUCGUUUGCCGCGCGACGGCACCGAGGUGUGCGUGGACACGCGGACCUACGGCAAUGACGCCAGGUUCGUGCGGCGCAGCUGUAAGCCGAACGCCGAGGUGAAGCACUGCAUCGAAAAGGGCACCCUGCAUCUGUACAUCGUCACGACCACCCCGAUCGAGAAGAAUGCCGAGAUCACGAUCAAACACGAGCAGCAUGACCUGCUGCUCUCCCCGAAUCCCAAUUCCUCCGCGUUGCCCGUCGUGUGCGCGUGCAACAAUCCGCGGGAGUGUCAGAUCGCCACGGCGAGCCAGCUGAACAGAAGAGGCAGCAACGGCGCUCUCGUCGAAAAUGCCGAUGGCAGAGAGCGGAGGCGGCGAGGUAGGCGGAACACUGUUUGCGAGGAUGCCGAGGCCGCGCCGGCGGUUCCCAGCACGAGCGUCGCGCAGACCACCCCGACGGUGUCGGCCGUGCCAACGGUGAGCGCGCCGCCCCCGAAGCGGACGGUCACGGCCGGAGUCGCCGCCGCAGCGACCCGUCAGCUCCCCAAGGAGGAGCCGGCGUCGACCGCGACGGUGCAGCAGCAGCCUCAAACGUCGCCCGGCAUCGGCCAGUCGGCGCCGCCGGAGACGAAGAAGGACAAGAAGAAGAUGACGAGGGAGGAGCGGAAGAUGGAGGCGAUCAUGAAGGCGUUCGAGAGGAUGGAGAAGGCGGAGCAGAGGAAGCAGGAGGUACUGGCGAGGAACGCGCAGCGGAAGGAGUCCAGCGGCACGCACAGUGACAACGAGGACAAUCAUUCGACGACCGGCCAGCAGUCGAAGAGCAAGCAAGCGAGCAGCUCCGAGAGACCGUUGCGCAGGAAGAGGAGGAAAGGCCGCGCGCGGACCACCAGCACGUCUCAGCAGCCGCAGAGCAGCCGGAGGACGCGAUUGAACUCGGCGGAAUCGGACGUGUCCUCCGGCGACGAGAGCAACUCCAUGCAGUCGCCGCCUCUGCUCGGUCAGACGCGUCCGCCUAGCCGAGACGCCCCCCCGUAUUCGUCUCACCUGCACACUCCGGCGAAGAGCACGGCCGACGCCGGCACCGGGCCGUCGUCCGGUCAUCACCAGGGUAUUCCCACGGCGGCCGGCUUGCUGUUAGCUCUGGCGAAUUCGAACGCACCUCCGGGCCCGCCGAGCUCACCGCCGCCGCUGUUGCAGCAACCGACGCCGGUGAAGAGCCCGACGUGCGACAGCGGCGCCAGCAGCAGCUCCCAGAGCUCAACGCCGUCCACCCCGCUCUCGUCCGCCUGCCUCUUGGUGGCCGCCGCGGUCGGCCCGUUGGCGCCCGGUCUGAAGUUCCCCAAGACGAAGAAGGCGUUGAUGAACGAGUGGCUGAAGGAGUCGCCGGAUCUACCGCCGCCGCAGGCGAACGUAAUACCUCAGGUGUCCCCGUUGUCGGCUUUACCGAACUCUAUGAAUACCGCGCUCUGCAUCAGGCAGCCGGAUUUCCCGCUGAAUCCGACCACCACCGCCGCCGCCGAUCCGUCCGCGGAAUUCCUGUCGCAGAGUUACGCCGCCAAGAGUCUGGCCACGCUGGUGCAAGCCGCCAACUCCGUGUCCGGCAUAUGCGACUCGCCGCCGCAGCAACAGCAGCGCAGACAGCAGCAGCAAACCGUCAGCAAUUUCAACAAUGUCAACAGCAGCAACGGCGGCUGUCCCGUGUCCACCGGCUCGGCGAAGAAGAGAUGGCUGCGUCAGGCGAUUUCGGAGGAGUGCGACUCGCCGAACAGCCGGCCGGAGAGCCCGCCGCCGCUCCUCGAGACGGUGGCGCCACCGAAGAAGAGACGGAUCGCUCGCGAGAGCCUGUCGUCGGACAAUUACACCCCGCCGACCACGCCGACCAUGCUGCUACCGGAAACGGCCCCCAACAGCAGGUCAUUGUGCCCCACUGAGGAUGAAUACAUGGAACACGCGCAAUCGCCCGUGGUAGAGCAAAUUGACGAGAAACACUACGAGCCGGUGUCCGCGAAGGAGGAGGUCAACGUGGAGCCCGACGAGAAACUCUCCAUCGACAUUCCCCGAUCGGGCUUUUACAUAAAACGCGAGGAGAAGACGGGAAUACCCGAUGUCGUCAAGACAGAGGUGUCCCCGGAGGUGAUAAAAACGGAGAACGUCGUCGCGAUAAAGGAGGAAGUUUCGCCGAAGUGCGAGGUGGACGAGGUGAAAGCCGACUAUGAUUUAGCCACCGCGUUGCACCCGGACACGAAGGUGUUCGCGAAAAACGACCUGGAGGCGUCGGUGAAGAACGAGGUGGCGGUCGAUCUCAAGGUGGAAAAUCCACAGUUGAAGAGAAGCUCGCCGGUCAAGGAAGAGACGCAGACGAGCGUAGCGAAAGGCACGGUCGAGAUAAUCGAUCAGAACGAGCCCGACACGGAGAUGGAGGAAUUUAGUUCCCCGCCGUGGUAUCGAUGCACCAUGGAGCCCGACACGAUCCUGAAGCAACGCGUCGCCGAGAUGCGGUUGGAAUUCGGCGGCGGUAUCGCCGAGAUCGUGAAUAUCGAGCACGAGAAACCGGACUACGACGACGAGAGGAAGCCGUCCGAGGAGGAGGAAGCAGCCGGCAAGCAGUGUCGAGAGGUCGACGACAAGUCGGACGACAACACGUCCAUCGACGAGUUCGACGUCGAGGCGCAGAUGAAGAAGAUCACCGGCGACGACGGCAACGACUACCAAGAGAAGAUCGAGACGGGCUCGGAGCGGGACAAGAGCAUGGACGGGAUCGAAGGCUUGAUGGAGAGCUCCAAGGAGGACUCGGAUUCGGAGGACAAGGACAUAGACGACGAGAUCAAGUACUGCGAGCCCGCCUUCAAGUUGUUCAACGUCGGUCACGAAGACGAGACGCCUACGAAGGAACCGGACGCCAAGGAGGUCGUCGUCGUCCCCGCUGCGGGCGACGAAGCGCGGGAGACCGACACGUCGAGUUCUCGCGAGCCCGUGAGAACGGAUCACCAACCGGCCACCUUCGCCGCGUCUCCGGAAGAGUCCUCCGUGUUCGAGCCGGCGUCGUCGAACGUGGACGCGGAAUCGCCACGGGUGGUCGAUCAUCCCCCCAAGAUCUUCCACUCCAUCCCGCCAUUGAGCGAACGGAUUCGCAAGAAGACUACCGACGCGAUAGUCACGUCUAAGACGCCGUCGUUGGACUUCGAGGCGGCCAUCAUCGAGUCCACGAUCAAUAUGGACACCACGGAGGAGGAGUCCAAGAACGGCGAGCAGAAGUCGAUCGCGCUCUCGACCGCGCUGCGCGAGCUCCUGGAAGCGAAGCUGGACGAUCAGCCGGCCGGGAUGGCGAAAGACGACGAGAAAACCGCCGAGAAGAACAGCCAACGAGAGGCGACCAACACGUUGCCAACAGUUCAAAUGAUGAAAUUAAAUUCGCCCGAGCGCGCGUCGCAAGACCCGACGCCAGCUCGGACGCCGGAGACCCGAUUGGAAGAAGCGCCCGCCAAGGCGGAGGAGGAGGCCAAACCCAAGGAGAUCAAACGACUGAAGGACCCGAGGACCGUCGUGCCGAAUAACAUGCCCGCACCGCCGGCCUUCAAGUCGGACGCAUUGCCUCCGGUCAAGCGCAAGGUUAGAACGUUGUCCAUAUCGGAGUACCGCAAGCGCAAGCAACAGUCGUCGGGAGGAUCCCUCGCCGAACCGGAACCGUCGAACGACACCUCCGCUGCGGACAAGAACGCGGCUCGAGAUAGAUCGGACAGUGCUAGCAGCGGCACCUCGUCGCUCAGUUCCGACGAGGAGGGCUGCAAGAUGUCCCAUUCGCUCGAUCUGCAGGGCCUCACCGCGUUACAGAUUUUCACCUGCGCCGAGGGUGACGAGAAGAAAGGUGGGGAGGAAGGUGCCAUCGGUUGGUCCGCGGCGCCAACUUUGGUGGAACGUCAGCGUGAAAAUCUCACGGAAAGAUUGAAGCGUGAAUUCGGGCUGUUUCUCAGCGACGACGAGGAGGAGAGGGCUCGGAAGCACGGUUUGACCGCCGACGCGAUACUGAAAGCGCGCAAGGUGUCUCCGCCACCUCACUCCUCGGUCUCUAGCACCCCGCCGACGUACCCGCUGCCUACGUCGCAGCUGCCGCCGCAGCCGUACAUACCGCCGCCCGGCUCCGCGCCCAUUCAUUACCCCCCGUUCCAGAGCAAGCCUGUGCCGGUGUUGUACUCGGGUUUCCCAUUGCCGCAGAUCACGACGGCCCAGCAGCCGGUGUACGGCGGCGGCGUGGUGAUGUCGCAGGCGGCGACCGGUGCGAACAACAGCAAGCAGCAGCAGCAGCCGUUCCUGAUGCCCCAGACGUCGUCCCAGGCGCCGCCCGGCUCGAAUCCGUAUCCGCCGCACCUGACCAUGCCGGCGAUCAAGUUCACGUCGGCGACGCCGGCCUCCGCCGCGCCUCCGCCGACAACAGCCAACCAAGCAGCAGCAGCGUACCCGCCGAUGCAGCCGCCGGGCCAGCCGCAGAAGCCGUUCUUCACUCACCCGGCGCCUAGAUCGUAACCGGCGGAAAGGGUAGUAUUGUUAAAAGUGUCUAAGUUAGGUCUAAACGUAUGCACAUCUCUCCGUGGAGGAUCGUGGAGGAUCUCCGGAGGCUCGUUGCAUCCGGCUCUACUUAAUAUCUUCGAUUACGGCCAGCAACGAGACGAGGGCUAUCGGAGACCGACGUUAGCCCCCCUCUCCGCCGACCUACUUCCUGUCACACGUAGGCGUGAAAAGCUUUAAUAAGCUCUUUUUCCGGAAAGGAAAAGAGAAAGGAGAGAAAGAGGUAAGAAGUGUGAGAGAGAGAGAGAGAGAGAGAGAGAAUGUUAUUUGUGAGAGAUAAAUUUCUGAGUUAGGUCGGGAAGUUCGUGGUUUAUUUCUUUUCCCCUUUUUUUUCUGCCUACGAAGUAGGAAGGAGACAUUUCCUAAUAAAAGAGAUGCAGUGAGAACAACGUGUAAUAGAACUUCGAACGGUCGGUUUAAAAAGGUUAGCUUAGUAGAAAUACAGCCAUCAGAGUUUAAUUUAGUUUAUUGAUCGCUUUUGGUAUUAUGAUUCCCCGCGACUUUUUUUUUAUCACUCAUCGCUGGACGUUGAUUUGAAUAAGCUAUCUCGCGAGGUAAUAUCGAUUGGAAUUCACGUGGCCUAAAACGGCGGCAGCCAAGUACAUUCUAUUACAUGUACGUCCUACAACUUGUACGAACAACUUGUAUGAACGGAGACCUGUUGAAAGUUGUAUCGGUAUCUUUCGCGGGUAACGGCCAAAGGUGUACUCUCUCGAGAACGGUGUACACUUUUUUUAUACCGAUGAAAUGGUGCCCUAA